AUGCGUAGAGUUCUUGUCCUCCUGACCGCGGCCAAUCUUGCCCUAGGCUUAUAUAAUGCCGUCUUUCGUGGAGAACAGUCCCAUGGGUGGUCGGCCAAGGGUAUGGGCACUGUGGUAGUACGUACCCUUGUUUUCGCCGCUGCCAUGCACAUAGCCAACGACCGGCAAACGAAGCGGCAACCUGCCAGGCUCAACCAGAGAAACGAAGACCGGAGUACCCAGGUCUACGGCGGCUUUCUUGCCGCCGCAGUUCGCCCGAAGGCCAUCGACGGCGAGACCACCACGUCCCUACAAUCCGAGCACCGACUCAGAACCAUUGACAAGGCCAGCAGUGGCAUCUUGCUGCUGCUAUUCGUCGUUCCCUUCGUCAAGUUGGUCGUCUCCCUGGUCAAGUCUUAUGCUGCGCUCACGCAUAAGGUUUUAUCGCCGCUAGAUGAGGACCCGGUCUUCCCAAGGCUAGUAUGGGUCGUGUCAGUCGCAGUCGUGCCAGUCAUGGCGAAAAUUGCUGCUGCCUCCCCAGAGACUCUUAUCCAAGCGAAGAUUAAAACCUUGCCAUACUUGACCGUUGGGAAGAACAAUCUUUGGAAAAUCGCUGCUUCCUCCCCAGAGACUCUUGUCCAAGCUAAGAAUAAAUCCUUGGGAUAUUUAACCGUUGGGGAGAACAAUCUCCGGAAAGUUACUGCUGCCUUCCUGGAGACUCUUGUCCACGCUAAAACUAAAGCCUCGGGAUAUCUGAACGUUGGGAAGAGUACUCUCUGGAAAGUUGGGCGAGCGAUGGGCCGUCCUAAAGAGGAACGCGAGAGAGACCGACAAAAACACAAAGCGAAAGACGGCAAGAUCGGGACGUUGACCGAACAGACGAAGCAUCCGAAGAAGUCUCAUGAAUCAGGCCGGAUGGAUGGCGGUGAUCCGUCAGAGUUGACACCGCCUACAAAAGAUGAUGAAGUGGGGCAAGUUUCCUCAGCCGACCAGGAAGCUGAAUCGAAGCAGACUUCGAUCACAUUCCCCGACCCCGAACGCAUGGAGCCCUGGUCUCGGACCCAGCCGGAGCUCUCCUCAAAUGGUAGAGAGGGUCGUGGCUCUAGAGGAGUUCGGAUGGAGAAGGAGGUUGCGGAAGACCAUUCCUUGAAACCGGCUCUAGGAGAUAUUCCUAUCCCACCCCAAGAUUUUGACCAUGAUGGAAAGCGCACCGUCAGGAUGCGUGAGCUUCGAAUCCGUGGCUCCCUAGGCGGCAUAUCUGUAUCCGCAAUACCUGACACGGGCUCAAGCUUUGACAUCAUCUCUGAAGAAUUCGCCAUUGAGAACAAUCUCAACAUCGAUACCCGGAAUGGGAGGUCUUUUAGGUUGCCAAACGGCAAAGAGCGUAUGUUCCUGGGCACAGUUACGGCGUCAUGGAUCUUUUCUGGAGAGAAUGAGGUGCAUCACCGCUGUUUUCAUGUGCUGAGGGGCUGCGUCCACCAAGUCGUCCUCGGCGCGGACUUCCUUAACGUGACAAAUACCCUUUCCAAGUUUGCACACCGCAUCAAAGCAGUCCUUUCGAGCAUAUCGGCGGCCGCGCCUCGGAAGGUGCUCUUUAUCGACCGACCUGCGGCCACUGCUAGUUCGGAAACGCGGGUGCUGAGCCUGUUCAAUGGCCAUCCCGUUCUCGGCCUCCCAGACACUUGUUCGGAUAUUUCAAUCAUCAACCGUCGCACAGCACGGGAGCUCUGCCAGAAGCUCGGUCUGGAUAUUCUGGAGGAUCACACUAUCGAGGUCCAAUUCAUAGACGGUACGAUUGCAUCUACGUGUGGGCUCAUCCGAGACGUCAAAUUAUGUUUUGGUGUCACCCUCGCCAAAGAGGACAUGCGCCGCCUCGACUUCCACGUCAUGGAUGAUAUCCCGUGUGCCGUCAUCCUCGACAAGUGGCUACUCUGGGAAAACAAAGUCUUUGAAUACUACAGGGACUGCUUCCGCGACUGGCAGCCGGCCCGAGAUGAUUCUGUGCUGGGCAUCAUCCCGACCCGCAAGUCUGAGACUAAGCAGAUCCUCGCCGACCCGGGGGACGAAGAGAUUGCCCGUCAUACGGACGCCCUCUUCCGCAUUCGCAAACUGCCGCUGGAGCAGCAAGCGAGAGCGCUGCAAGAGGAAGAACGGAGGCAACAGGAGUAUAAUUCGCCCCACGCCGGCUCGGGUCUGCCGCUGCUCAGGAUUCAACCACCAUCGCUAACCACAACCACGCCUCCUGUAUCAGCAGCCGCCCAAACCGCUCUAAAUCUGCCGAGUUUGAUCAGUGGACGUAACAGUAGUUCGGCUGCUUCUACAUCCGCGUCUUCAACCGGGACUAGGCCGUUAUCGACUUCAGCUUCAGCUUCAAGUCAGCAACCAGGCAAUGCUGUGUUCCAGAAUACAGUACAGGCCCCCGGCGGUACGGCUGGUAAGAAGAAAUCGUUCUGGGCAUCCAUCGGGUUGACACGGUUUGCAAAGUAA